CGUACGGCUUCACGGCUGCCUGGUUAGGGAGGGAAUUGAUCAAUUACCACGUCUUGUGCUAACGCUCGAUUUUUCCUGUUGCUCGCCACUUUUGUUGAUAGAUUUUUUUCCCACAAUGGCGUACCAGCUCUACAGAAAUACAACGCUGGGAAACAGUCUUCAGGAGAGCCUAGACGAGCUUAUCCAGACCCAACAGAUAACUCCCCAGCUAGCACUUCAAGUCCUACUUCAGUUUGACAAAGCCAUCAACACAGCGCUUGCCAGCCGUGUUCGUAACAGGGUCAACUUUCGGGGGUCGCUAAACACCUACAGAUUCUGCGACAACGUGUGGACGUUUGUUUUGAACGACGUGGAGUUCAGAGAGGUCACCGACCUGGUGAGGGUGGACAAAGUCAAGAUUGUCGCUUGUGAUGGAAAGAACACUGGUUCCAAUGCUGCAGAGUAAAGAGCGGGGUUGUGCUUCACCACCCGCAAUGUCACUGGUAGAGGCCAAGUACGAAGCCUAUACCACAGACAGCACUGUAAAUAUAAUUUAUUACAGUAAUUUCUGUAAAGAGUAACACGUGUGUGUAUAUAUGUAAGACCUUAAUUGGCAGUAAUGAGAGCGAAUGGACCAGUCAUGGCCUUGUAAUUGCAUGACUUUUUUUUAUAUAUAUAAAUAUUCCUUAGGACCGAAUUUUGAGUUGGUAAUUGCUGUUUAUUGUUUACUUGGAUCAUCUUUA